CUCCGCCUUGCCAAGAGAAUGCUGGCAGCGGUGCAGCUGGGGCUCCAGCGCCCAAUAGCCUUGUAAAAACCCUUUGCCCUGCCUUGCCUUGCGGGAACGGGCGUCUUCUUGGCAUUACCCCGAUGUGACCCCCCCUUCCUCUCGCUCUGGAAUAAUGGGGAUCUUUUGGGCUUAUGUUGGAUUCCUUUCCUUGUCGGUAUUAUACAUUCAGCAAGGACUUUCUUCCCAAGCCAAAUUUACUGAAUUCCCUCAAAAUGUCACAACUGCUGAGGGGCAGAAUGUGGAGAUGUCUUGUGCAUUCCAGAGUGGCUCUGCCUCAGUGUACCUGGAAAUCCAGUGGUGGUUUCUACGGGCAGCUGAGGACCAAGACCCUGGAACAGAGGUGGAGAGAGAUUUGGACAACGAUGGAACAAAGAUAAGCACAGUGAAAGUACAAGGGAACGACAUCUCCCACAAACUGCAGAUCUCCAAAGUCAGGAAAAAGGAUGAAGGGUUGUAUGAGUGCAGAGUGAUCGAUGCCAAUUAUGGAGACCUCCAGGAAUACAAAGUCCAGGCCUAUCUCAAGGUGAAUGCAAACAGCCACACCCGACGAAUGCAGGCCUUUGAAGCUUCCCCAAUGUGGCUACAGGAUAAACCUCGUAAAAACAUCUCAGCAGCCAUCCCCAGUAGCAUCCAUAACUCUGCCAGCCAGCGUAUGCGCCCCACCUCCAGCCCUCCAGCAGAUGCCAAAAUCCCCAAACAAAGUCCACAAUCAGGUGCGAGGAUAGCUACAAGCCAUGGACUUUCUGUCCUGCUUCUUGUUUGUGGCUUUGUGAAGGGUGCUUUGCUUUAAUCUAAAAAGUGCUGACUUUUUCCAAUAUCACUUUCUCUUCUUAAAGCAAAGAGCAAAUCGCCUGUAAAACCUACGGAGCGGACAGCAAAGUUGACCCUAACUUCCAACCACCUCUCUGCACCCAAUGUACUCUAAUUCUCUACACAAAAGGAGCACCUUCUUCAGGACACACACACAAAAACAAAAUGUUAAAAAGAAUUUUUAUUUUUAUUUUGCAAAAGGAGGGAAGAGGCUAGCAUAUAGUUUCUUCAAGUCUUACUUUCUUUGGAAUGUACCACUGGUCUUUUCUUUGAGGGGAGCUGGAGUGCUGUAACAGAACAUUGUUCAACUUGACGACAACAUUUCUUCCACGUUCCCCCCCCCCUCUCCUUUUUGAUUCAGUGAAGAGAAGCAUUGAAUUCCCUUGACUCUUCAGGGGUUGCCUAGAAAUUUUUAACAUCAUCCAACUGAACAUUUGUUCUUAUACUUGGACAAGCACCACUCUACGCCGAAAGGAAGGAGAGUCCAAACUUCCCCUUUCCCAAAUCCCAACCCCAAACUUGCCCGACCUGCAAGAUCUAAAACAACACAAGGUUGUGUUGAAAGUGCUUUUUGUUCUAGGCAGCAAAUCCGACAAGAAUUCAAAGCUGCUCACUGUACAAGAGGACUAUAUGUUUCUGGAUGAGACGGAAGAAAGUGUUGGAACUUCUCCUGUGCAUCCUAUCUUCUUUCAUUUGAUUUUCCCUCUCCCAUUACUGUUUCUUGCUUUCCUGUUUGAUGGUGGCAGCUGCUGGCCUUCGCCAACCCCUGGGCAGCACUUGAAGGUUUCUAUAAAUACAUCUUUUCUUUGUGUGUGUUCUCUAUUUUGAUGUGUUUUCUCUAAUUUUGCAACUCCUGUAUAUGCAAACCUAACUUAAAUUCUGUAAAUUGCUUACAGUAUGUGUGAUAUAACUUCAGAAUAGACAUUCUGUGGUCCAUCCUGCAAGCCAGUUUGAGUAUUAUCUCCGUGUGGUGCCACCAAAUGACAUCUCUGUUUCCUUUUCAACAACGCAUUCAUUUUAAUUUGUAAUUCAGUGCUCUGUGAGAUUUUGUAAUCCAUGCAAUCACUUUUCACUGGUCUGAGCCCUUGCAGAUGGCAAUGCGCCCCUCUGUUUACUCUGUACAAAAUGCACAUUAAAAUU